UAUCACACAUGAUGACGAUACCAGGCUCGGAUCUUCUUCAUUCUCGCCACCAUCAUCUCUCAUGCUCACCAACACCAGGGUCAAUGCCUUAGCUCGCUGUCUAUCACGACGUGGACGACUCUGGCGACGUUACUCUACCGAAGCUGUAGUGGAACCCCCUCCUGCUGGUGGGCAUCUACCUUCAAUAGCUACAUCAUCAUUGCUCCGGCCUACGCGAGAUUUGGCGAUUCGUACCCCUGGGCUCGUGUGGACCGAUGAAGACGGCUCUGGACCGUCGCGGAAUAUCAUUGGUGGCAGAGAGACGCGCAAGAUGAAUCUAUACCAGGCUGUCCGGGACGCGAUGAGCAUUGCCAUGUCAAAGGAUGACCACGCUGUUGUGUUCGGCGAAGAUGUCGCGUUUGGUGGUGUAUUUAGAUGCACGAUGGGUCUAGCAGAAGAAUUUGGUCGUGAACGAGUCUUCAAUACCCCCUUGACUGAACAGGGCAUCGUAGGGUUCGGCAUAGGCAUGGCGCUGAUGGGCCAUACUGCCAUCGCAGAGAUCCAGUUUGCUGACUACAUAUAUCCUGCAUUUGAUCAGCUCGUGAACGAAGCUGCCAAGAUCCGCUAUCGUUCUGGUGGGUCAUAUAACGUAGGCGGGCUCACUGUCCGUGCACCUACCAUGGCAGUUGGUCAUGGAGGACUUUAUCAUUCUCAGUCUCCGGAAGGUUUCUUUAUGGGUGCGGCCGGUCUCAAACUCAUCAUCCCUCGCUCUCCUAUCCAAGCCAAAGGUCUUCUUCUCAGUUCUAUCCGCGACCCUAACCCUGUCAUCUUCAUGGAGCCUAAGAUUCUCUAUCGUUCUGCCAUCGAGCAAGUACCUACGGACGACUUCACCCUUCCCGUUGGACGCGCCGAAACGCUUAUUCGCGGUUCAGAUUUGACAUUGUUGACGUGGGGUACACCAGUGUAUCACUGCGAGACCGCGAUGCAUAUGCUCGCAUCCCCAACACCGGAGAUGGAACAGCAUGCUCCUGCCGCGUUACGCAAAGCUCAGGUGGAGCUCAUCGAUUUACGGACAAUACUCCCUUGGGAUAUUGAGACGGUAAUUGAGAGCGUGAAUCGCACAGGAAGACUGGUAGUCGUGCAUGAAGCUGGGAUGACCGGGGGUGUCGGCGCGGAAAUCUGUGCCCAAGUACAGCAACGAUGCUUCUUAAAGCUCGACGCACCAGUCAAACGAGUUACGGGAUGGGACACUCCUGUGGCACUUCAAUAUGAGAAAUUCGUUAUCCCUGAUGCGCUCCGGGUUUUUGAUGCUAUCGUGGAAACUCUUUCUUAUUAGCUUUGUAUCAUUCAUUCUCUCGGCUUUCAGCAAGUGUAGGAACAUCGACAAUCAUUUUGUA